UUUAUUCUCUUUUAUGGUGUGGGAACAUUAGAAGAUUAUAUUUCACUGCUUUUUUUCCCCCACUGGAUGCCCAUAUUAUGGCUUGAUGGAUCACAUUUCACAAAAUAUCUUACCAUUCUUCUGGGAAAACAGAGAAGGCUUGCAGUUGCCAAACAUGCAUACUUGGAACAUCAUUUCAUGUUUACUGCAUCGCAGGCGCAGUUCUGGAGAUAA